AUGGCCACCGCAGGAGGCCUACCUCCAUUCCAGAGACUGUCGCCCGAUAACCAUGGCCCUAUCAUCACACUAAUCUCGGUCUGUCUUCUGAUCGUCGCUGUGAUCUUCGUGCUCGCGAAGUCAGGGUCAGCAAUCUACUUUAAGCAGCGGCGGACGGCAGGCAGUACCCCAAUUUGGGCUGCUCUGGUCGUUGUUCUGCAGAAGGCUGUCGAUAAUGGACUGGGAAAGCACGAGGCUGGACUCAGCGAGAGCCAGAUCCAGCGUCUGAGCAAGUAUUCAUACGCCGCUCAGCUCCUUCUCAUCAUUGUCCUCUCGCUAUCGAAACUAUCGACAGCUCUGCUCGUCUGGAAAUUAACACCGAGUCGCAGUCUCCGCCAAUACUGCACCACAGCAGCCGUGGUUAUCGCCGGAUGGACGAUAUUUGCGCUAUUCAGCAUCUCCUUUCAGUGCCAGAUGCCAGAAACGUGGCGUUAUACCCCUGAGCGAUGUGCUGGAGAGGGCGCGUUACUCUACCCCAUCGCAGUCUUCAACAUCGUUACUGAGAUAAUUCUUGUCAUUUUGCCGUUCGUCAUGAUGCAGAAUGUGCAGAUGGCGUCGCAGAAGAAAGUCAAGAUCCUGAGCUCGUUUUCCUCCCGGCUAUGUGUUGUCGGCCUCGCAAUCGCGCAUCUAGCUCUCCUCCCUUCCUUCGUGCACUCGGACGACAUUCCAUCCUGCGUCCCGACCCUUUACCACAUCUUUGCGGGUCUGCAUUCAGGCCUGAUAACGACCCAGAUCCAGCUCCCUGACGGCGUCGAACUCUCACGCACAGGAACAGGAAAAUUCGCAAGGUCAAAGACAAGCGCGUAUAUAAGCCAGACCUCCUCCGCCGGAGGUAGUGGGAGCAGAUCGCGCGGCAGGUCUAAGGAACGAGGCUCGGGCAGGAGCAGCCGAGGACUCCGAAGGGAUUCCUCACUCUUCGAUCCAAGGGCCGCUAAUGCAGCUGUUGUAACAGAGAUUUCGGCUACCAAUGUUGGCAAUGAGACGCAAAGUGGUGGGACGAUGAUACGCCGUUCGAGCUCGAGCGAGGGAACGGAGAGUACGAGACGCCUUACGCAGGAAGUCAUGGGCAAGCAGCAGGGGGUUAUGAGAACAGUUGAUAUCACAGUUGAGGUUGAGCAUCAGUGCGAGAAGGGGCACGAUAUCCAAUAA